AUGUCUGCCGUUUUCAACAACGCUACGCUAGCUACGGCUCUGGCGCACGGAAAGUCGUACGCACAAACGCUGCACAACGUGCGGGCGUACCAGCCACAACUCGGAUUCAUGGAGCAGUACUGGGCCGCUUGGUACGCGUACAUGAACAACGACGUGCUUGCCACGGGGAUUAUGUUCUUCGUGCUGCACGAAUUCAUGUAUUUCUUCAGAUGUUUGCCAUGGGCGAUCAUCGACCGAAUCCCUUAUUUCCGCCGCUACAAGAUCCAGCCCACCAAGAUCCCCAGCGCGAAGGAGCAGUGGCACUGCUUCAAGUCGGUGCUGCUGUCGCACUUUCUAGUGGAGGCCAUCCCCAUUUGGACCUUCCACCCCAUGUGCCAGAAGCUGGGCAUUUCUGUUUCGGUGCCUUUCCCAUCAGUCAAGACCAUGGCUUUCCAGAUUGGCCUGUUUUUCGCUCUGGAGGACGCCUGGCACUACUGGGCCCACCGUCUAUUCCACUACGGUGUUUUCUACAAAUACAUUCACAAGCAACACCACCGUUACGCUGCUCCAUUUGGGUUGGCUGCUGAGUACGCCCACCCUGCGGAGACUUUGACGCUAGGGUUCGGGACUGUUGGGAUGCCAAUUUUGUACGUGAUGUACACCGGUAACUUGCAUCUUUUCACGCUAUGUUUGUGGAUUACCUUGAGACUAUUCCAGGCUGUGGACUCCCAUUCCGGUUACGAUUUCCCAUGGUCCUUGAAUAAAUUUUUGCCCCUGUGGGCUGGUGCCGCGCACCAUGAUUUGCACCACCACUACUUUAUCGGCAACUACGCUUCUUCGUUCACCUGGUGGGAUUACACCUUGGAUACGGAGGCCGGUCCAGAAGCUAAAGCUGAAAGAGAGGAAAGAAUGAGAAGAAAGGCAGAACUAAGGGCUAAAAAGGCCACUUAG